AUGUCGAUUUCUACUGCUACAGAUGAACGCACGGAAGGUGACGACGACACAUCACAAGGAAGCCAGCCUAAAGAUGAAAGCAGUGAAUCUGAUAAUGAGAAUGAGCCAGAGAGCCAUAAUGGUGGGUCACCUGCCCCCGAAGUACAUGAGAUUACUAGUGAUGAUGAGGACUGUGUGGUGACCAAUGAUGAUGAUGAUGACUCAUCGAUUUCCAGUACAGACAGUAACGACAGUUCAGAUGAAUCACAAAAUGAUAAACCUAGUGAAGAUAAAAAACUAGAAGAACAGCAAUUAGAAAAUGGUGCAGAUGAAUCUGAUGUUGAAGAAGUGUCUAUGGAGGAUCCCCUAAAUGAAACUCCAGCAAAGAAUAAACCAAUAGUUGUCAGUGAUACCAAGGGCUUAGCCAAUUUGGCCUCAAAACAGUCUAAGACUAAUGGUGAUCAAAAUAGUGAACCUACUGUUGUUAUUAUUGAUACAAAUUCUAUAUUAUCUGGUAAAGCACCAAAACUCAUUCCAGCUAAACCUGCAGCAACAAGUGCUAUUGAUGCUCAUGAUUUGUGCCAAAGUAUUGCAGCACGUGGCACGACUAUUACACCGGUUAGUAUUAAAACAAAUACUAACAGUAGCAGCAAUAGCAGUGCCAACACCAGCAGCAACAACAACAGCACCACAAUCAGUAGUGUUAACAACAGCACUCCACCAACACCGCAACCAAACAUACUACCUUCUCUCACAGAUGACAUGUUUGUAGUAGAAGCACCAUCAUUCAUAGUCCCAUAUGUUUAUGAAAAGCCUUCUGUGAAGCCUUUUCGGGAGUUUGUAGAUAAAUUAGGCAAGGAAUUAGAGGAACUAAAAAUUAAAGAAGAACAAGAAAAGCUUGAAAAAGAAAAGUUGGAAAAGGAGAGGAAAGAACAAGAGAAAAAAGACCGGAUUGAGAGAGGUGAAAUUGUGGAAGAUGAAGACUUCAGUGAAAAAGAAGUCAAAAGUGCUGAGGAAGCAGCUAAAGAACAGAAAGCUCUUAAAAAACAACAGAAAAGGCGAAAACAUGAAGAAGAUGAUGACUCUUGGGAUGGAGAGUCUUCAUCUGGAUCUGAUGAUAUCAGUGAUGAGGAUGCAGUUCUGAUUAAAGACAGAGAUGACACUAUUGAUGAUCUUAAAGAUCCCAUUAGCUUAAUUGCUAAAGGCCUUAGUGGUGGUAAAUCUGACACAUAUUUUGACUGUUCUCUUGGACAAUUUUUUAUCAAUAUUGGACUAAACUUAGUGCAAGAAUAUGUUCAGACAGACUUACUGAAACAUCAGAAUCGUAAGCUAUAUAAAGAAAAGAAAUCUGGACGAAGUACAAAGGCUACUGAGGCAGCCAUAGCUUCUCUCACCCAAAACUUAGACUUUAGUAAGAAAACUAAUGCUCCAUUUGCUCUGGUACAAAAAAGAUGUGAGUUUUGUAGUUUUAAGACAGAGUCCAUGCUAGUUAUGGCUCAUCAUUUAGAAGCUCCACAUAUGAAGAGUAAUAUCUACAAAUGUAACUCUUGUGAGUUUGAAAUAAGAAGCCCUCAUGAUAUUUUAUUUCACAUGGAGGCAGAACACAAUAUCCGGGGCCGGUUGGAAAGAGCACCAGCAUAUCAACAAUGUGCAAAUUGUCACUUUGAAGAUAACAGUAAAACUAAAUUAGCACGCCAUCUAAUAGCAUGUGCAAAGAAAUUCAAACCAGAUCUUAACUUGGCACCUCCAUUGGAGUGGGAACCUCCAGCAAAGAUACCUAAGCUAACACGAGCUCGUAAUAAUAUGGUUGGACCUUAUCAGACAAACUUUAAUAGAUCUCAAAUGAAUAUGAACAAUAUGAACCGGCCCCAAUUGAAUAUUAGUAAUGUAAUACCUAACAUGCCAGUGCUUGGAAGACCUCGCGGCCGCCCUCCAAUUACUGGGCCUCCACGUGCCACACCUGUUGCUGGAUUACCAAUAAUCCGUAGUGGAGUUAUGAUUAUGCAUAAUACUCCUGCUGUGGGUACAACUAUUGCCAAUUACCCCAUGAUACAAAACCAAAACAGUAAUGCUACUCCUAAGAUAUCAAUCACUCCACUCCCUAGGGCACCGCAGCCGUCAUCAUCCCAGGCAGCACAAAAUUCCAAAGCUACAUUUGUUAUAUGUGAAAUCUGUGAUGGUUAUAUAAAGGAUCUUGAACAAUUGAGGAAUCACAUGCAGUGGAUACACAAGGUGAAGAUUCAUCCCAAGAUGAUCUACAACAGGCCACCAUUAAAUUGCCAGAAAUGUCAGUUUAGAUUUUUCACUGAUCAGGGUCUAGAGAGGCAUCUUCUGGGCUCUCAUGGUUUAGUGACUAGUUCCAUGCAAGAAGCAGCUAAUAAGGGUAAAGACGCUGGGCGAUGUCCAGUGUGCGGUAGAGUGUAUCAGUGGAAGCUAUUGAAUCAUGUUUCAAGGGACCAUAAUAUGACUUUGAAACCAGCACACCUCUCAUACAAGUGUACUGUCUGCACAGCAACAUUUGGAAUGUACAAACAAUUUGAGAAUCAUGUGUACUCAGCUCAUAGUGUUGUGGCAAAGAGAGUCAUGGAUAAAAGUAAGACACCUGCACCAGCAGCCAAGGUCCCUGAUACGGAUCCUUUGUUAAAACCAUUAAAAAUAAAUGAUGAGAUUACUAUUAUUCCGCAGCCAGCAAAAUCGACUGUUACUAUUACUGCAAAAGGUAAAUAA